CCCCCCUCCCCCCUCCUCCCGCCAUGGGGGCAAACCAGAGCCUCCCCGCACGCCGGCAGGAGGAAGCCGAACCUCGUCCUACACUCCGUCGCCGCAUAUCCACCUUCCUCCGCCGCGACCACGAGAGUCAGAAUGCAAGCAAGCGCGAGCGCUCAAACUCGGCCCACAACAGCAUCAACUCGCCCGGACCAAAGCGCAGGAGGGUAGACGGUGACGCAGAAGCCCUCGACGGAGAUGAUUCUAUGAGCUCGGAACCUAUCGCCGGGCCCUCAUCGUCACAUCAGUACCCCACUCGACCCAGCCUCCCAUUCCCUAGAACAAUGCCCUCCAGCGGCAUCAGCACUCCAACAUCACCAGACACACCCGCAUCACCCGCAACUGAUGAGUUGCUGUCCGAUAGACUGCGGUCCGUAUCCACAAUACGCGACAGCCUCGCUCCAGAGUGGACACCGCAGCCCGGUCUCAUAUCUCGCCUUCGUCGACGUGACAGCCCCGCCGUCAGCAGCGCUGCCAGCACGAGCUCGGCCAUCCCACCACCCUCCGCAGCCCCGCCACCACCACCACCACCGCGCACACUAUCGCAUCGCCUCAGCGCCAUCAUGGGAUUUGCCGCCCCAGAACGUUCCCCAAGCAACUCCUCAAUACCAUCCUCCAGUUCCCAGCAGCCUCCCACGCCCGCCACUGAGGCGCCUCCACCUGCCGAGGAGGAAGGAAGGAUACCGGUGGGCGCCGUGCUUGUCAUCCAGGGUCUGGCACAGACACGCGCCAACCAUGACGAGACCGGCGGGUCACAUAGCCAGGUCGACUUGCCCAGCAUUGACCAGCAGGCCCGUAUGAUUGGCAACCUCUUGACUGUUGCUGCAGCCGCCACCGCCACGACCCUUCUAUCGCCGGAGAGCUUGUCGUCUCAACCUUCCCGGUCGACCGCCCAGAGCGCGAUGCAGACCAUUAUGGAGCGUCUUCGUCCCCAGCGUAACCAGCGACAUCAGAGCGUCGAAGCUGCCCUUGGCGAGUACCUUCGCACUGUUCUACGCGACAACCGCCGCUUUGCAGAAGCCGUGGCUCCAAACGCGGCAAACGUGCCGGCAGAGUUCCAGGAUUUCCUUGGCUCGCUACAGCAAGAUCUCAUGCAGGCCGUUCGGGCGUAUGCCGUUCACGACGCGGCGGGCGAGGAAGGUGACGACGAUAUUCCGGCGCCCUCUUCCAGUGUGGAGGAGACAUCAACCGGAGGGACGCGUCCUACUGGCGACCUGGAUGCCUCAGCCACGACAAAUGCGACCUCCUCGGGCGUGGCUGAACCCCCGUCUCCCAAUGUCCCCAGCAACUCCACUAUCCCCACAUUCCACCGCCAGCUCGGGCAGAACCUACCGGGCGCUCACCGACCACUUGGCGUAAGUGGGGGGUCGGAUGGCGAACCACGACGACUAAACUUCUUCCGGGCUCACCUAUUCCCUACCGUCCAUGCCGAUGGCUCGGUAGUGACGCCAAACGCAAACGAUGGACAGGAGGAGGCGAUUGUGCCUUCCAUCUUUGUAGGUGUGCGCUCCAUUGCGCACAAUCCUAGCAUGACCACCGAGGAUCUAGUGGCGCACCCCUCGUUCCCAUUCAUGGACGGCCAGGUGCCUGAGGAUGCCGGCGCUGCCGCUCCGACUGCUACGGGAUCGUCGCCUGCCACAUCGCCUGUCGCCACCACCCAGGCGCUGCCCGACGAUGACCACGACUUUGACCGCGACCUCGAGCAGGAGUUAUCGGCCGCCCCCGCCGCUGGGGGCACAACUGUUGAGAGCCGUCCUCGCCGCAGCCUGCGUACCCGGGUGCUUGAACGCCUGGGAGCCCGCCGUGAGCCGCGCGCCUCUCCGCCCCUUAACACGUACCUCAUCUACGUUAUCGGUGGCAAUUACCCAAGCUCUCACCCCGUGCUUUCUAUCCCGUCCUUGGUCUCAGGUGGCCCGCUUACCACUGAGGACUUGCAGCUCCUUGCCGAGCUCCUUGGCCCGGCCAAGCCCCCAACUGUCACUCAGGAGGAGAUUGAGGCGUCGGGUCUCAAAGUCAUCAAGGCGAACACUCUCGCGCAGGCCAUCCAGGAUGGCCAGGUGCUCGAUUCGAGCACUGAGCGGUGCAUGGUUUGCCUUUGCGACUACGAGGACGACGAGGAUUGCCGCGUGCUCAAGUGCCGGCACGCCUUUCACAAACCAUGUGUAGACCAGUGGCUGUCGUCGGGACGCAACUCGUGUCCCACGUGCCGCACCGAAGCGGUGGAAAAGGGCUCGACCCCUACCACCCCGGAGGUCGAGGACGCUGAUGCCGUCGCAUAGAAGUAGUUUCCCCGUCCUUGAUAUCCGUCAUGCAUGUAUGUACCCUUCCUGUCCUGUUUGUCCGCUGCAGUUGCACUUGUCCGUCAUGCAUGUUAUACAUUC